GUGCAGGGGGCAGGGAAGGCGUGUGGCGGGCGGUAGAGAGGGACCGGUGAGUCAGUCUCGUCUCACUCCGCCUCGUUGUCCCCGCACCGUGGGUCCCAACGUGCAGAGCACCCCUCCCGGUGGGAGGGGGAACCCGGGGCCAGCGACCUGCGGGGGCGUCAGGCCCCUCCUUCUGCAGACCCAGCCUCCCUGUGGGGCCCGCAGCGAUGCCCACCGGCCAGGUGCGAGGGAAGGUGGUGCAGGGCUCACGCUGCCACUCGGACGGAACGGGACACUAUUGCUUACGGACCUGCAGGCUGGCGGCCACCCCCGCCCUGGCCGUCCCGCCCCAGCAGGGCUGCCACCCCAAAGGGGAAUACGAUUCUGCCAGCCCAGCACAGGCGAGGCAGGGCCAUCGGCUUCCUCCGGUCUAGGGGGAAAGCAUGACUUUCAAAAACUGAGACUCCUUUUCUAAAGCACGACUCCCUCUCCAGACGGCUUGCGCCACCCUGAGGAGAAGGCCAUCCCACCCGGAGACACGGGCCAUGUGGGGCCCCAGGGAGCUGCUUCUGGUGUGGUUCCUGGUGCUGGCAGCGGGCGGCACCGAGCACGUCUACCGGCCUGGCCGCAGGGUGUGUGCCGUUGGGGCUCCCAGGGGCCCCGUGUCCGAGUCCUUCGUGCAGCGUGUGUACCAGCCCUUCCUCACCACCUGCGACGGGCACCGAGCCUGCAGCACCUACCGGACCAUCUACAGGACUGCCUACCGCCGAAGCCCUGGGCCGGCCCCCGCCAGGCCUCGCUAUGCCUGCUGCCCCGGCUGGAAGAGGACCAGUGGGCUCCCCGGGGCCUGUGGAGCAGCAAUAUGCCAGCCACCAUGCCAGAAUGGAGGGAGCUGUGUCCAGCCAGGCCGCUGCCACUGCCCUGCAGGGUGGCAGGGAGAUACCUGCCAGACAGAUGUGGAUGAAUGCAGUGCUGGAGGGGGUGGCUGUCCCCAGCGCUGUGUCAACACUGCGGGUAGUUACUGGUGCCAGUGUCAGGAGGGACACAGCCCAUCUGCGGACAGGGAGCUCUGCCUGCCCAAGAGAGGGACCCCCAGGGUGGCCCCAAAGCCCACCAGAGGAGUGGACAGUGAGGUGAAGGAGGAAGUGAAGAGGCUUCGGUCAAGAGUGGACCUGCUGGAGCAGAAGCUGCAGCUGGUGCUGGCGCCACUGCACAGCCUGGCCUCACAGGCGCUGGAGCACGGGCUGCCCGACCCCGGCAGCCUCCUGGCCCACUCCUUCCGGCAGCUGGAGCGCAUCGACUCUCUGAGCGAGCAGGUCUCCUUCCUAGAGGAGCAGCUGGGGUCCUGUUCCUGCAAGAAGGAGCUGUGACUGGCCUGUCUCUUCACCCCCAAGCUCUGCCCUGCACCCCCCACCCCGCCCUCCCCACUGUGCUGGGCAGGACAGGAGGGGGGCUGUGAGCCAAGGCAGGGGACGGCGCCCCCACCUCUCCUUACUGAAGAAACAGGGUAGAGUAGGCUGAGGUGUCCUGUGAAUCCAGCCCCAGCCCGGCCAGACGCCUGCACCCCCCGGGGGGCCUGGUGGGGCUGUGGCUGAGGGAAGGUACGAGAGAUCCCUGCCCAGAGCCUGGGGCUGCUCCCUGGGCAACGUGUUGUUGGGGGAGCCCCACCCCGAUCUUUGUCAGAAUAAAAUGAGACUUGAGGAGCG